GCCAUACACAGGGCUGGGGAGAGAGAGGGAGAGGGAGCAUCCCUUCUGCUGGUGGGAAAUCACCAUCAAUGCUGUAAGCCAUUCCGUGCCGAAAAUGCCGUCAUCCUUCUGAUACUGCCCUGCCCCAUAAUGACCACCUCUGCCUGUCUGGAGCAGGCCUGAAAGGUCCCAAUGGUAGCACGGAUGUCCCGCUCUCGUCCCGUCCCAAACCGGGCCUGCUAGAGUCUGUGGCAGCACCAGAGCGCUGGUUCUGCCUGGCGCAGUACUGACAGGCUGGGUUUACCAGAAUGAAGCUCCUCCGGCACUGAUUGAACCUCAGCGGGAGAGGAAAGUCGCAGAACGCAGAGGAUGGUGCGGGAGCUGCUGCAGGUCCCCUGCCGUUGAACUAUGUGAGCAGUGAACUAGAAGGUACUGAACCUACGCUUGAGAGUCAGCAUCCACAAUGAUGAACUUGGACCAUUCAGACUUCAAAGAAUACAUAAUGUAUAUUGCUGGAAUGUGAUGAUUUCUAUCCGAAGAAAGAAAGAGUCCAGGAUGCUACCUCUCAAGAGUUCCUUGUGAGAAAUGGAUGGAUCAGGUCCCAUGUUGAACCUUGUGAGCAACCGUUCUUUGCACAAUAUCUCAUCUGGCCUGUUGGGGCCCAAACCCACAACUCCUGGCGUACAGCCGGGCGUUUUCACACAGUCCCAGAUCAAGGACCUGGUGGGGAUGUUCUUUAUGGUGAGCCUCAAUGCAGUGGCCCUCCUGGCCAAUACGGCAGUGAUGGUGGCCAUUGUAAAGGCCCCACACCUAAGGAAGUUUGCUUUUGUGUGCCACCUGUGUGUGGUGGACCUGCUGUGUGCCGUGCUGCUGAUGCCCCUGGCCAUGGUAACAGGCUCUCCCUUCUUCAGUGCUGUGGUGUUCACCGUGCUGGAGUGCCAGGUCUACAUCUUCCUCACCGUCUUCCUCAUCUGCGCCUCCAUCCUCACCAUCAUGGCCAUCAGCGUGGAGAGAUACUACUAUAUUGUGCACCCCAUGAGGUAUGAGGUCAAGAUGACGCUCAACCUGGCCAUUGCCGUGGUGAUCUUCAUAUGGGUCAAGUCCAUCCUGCUGGCUCUGGUGACCCUGUUUGGCUGGCCACCAUAUGGGAACCAGAGUUCGAUCAGUGCAGCCCACUGUUCCUUGCACUGGAGCCACAGUAACCUCCGGAAGUCCUUUGCUGUCCUCUUCAGUGUGGUGUGCUUUCUGGUUCCGUCCCUUGUGAUCUUUGUGGUUUACUGCAACGUCUACAAGGUGGCCCGGAUGGCGGCCAGACAGCACAUCCCUGUGCCUACCUGGACCACGAGCCCCAAGCACCGCUCGGACUCCAUCAACAGCCAGACUACCAUCAUCACCACCCGGACCCUGCCCCAGAGGAUGUCCCCGGAGAGGAUCUUUGGAGGCGGGAAAGCGGCCCUCACCCUCAUCCUCAUUGUAGGCCAGUUCCUGUUGUGCUGGCUGCCUUACUUUUCCUUUCACCUGCACCUUUCGCUUGGGGAUUCACCCCAGAGCCCUGGAGACUUGGAGGAGGUGGUCACCUGGCUGGCCUACUCCUCUUUUGCCGUCAACCCGUUUUUCUACGGGCUCCUGAACCGACAGAUCCGCGAGGAGCUUUGCAAGCUGAGGAGGUGCUACUCCACCCGGCCCCAGGAGCUGGGAAACUCCAGCCAUGAGGGCUCCAUCCAGGAAAACUUCCUCCAGUUCCUGCAGCGAACAAGCUGCACGGCAGAGACCCGCUCCAGCUGUGUCCAGUCCAGCCCCAGGAACACUCUGGACCAGGGCGUCCGCAUUCCCGGGCAGAUCCCAGAGGAGUUCAGUUAGCCCUCCUCAAGCACCGUGUCUUACUGAAAGCCUCAUGGCUUCAAGGUGCCAGUCAAUUCUUAUUCUGCAUGCAGCGUUAUCCUUCUAUACAGGGUGCAAUACAUUGCCAUUUAUAUUGUAUCAGUAGAGUUUGUGUCUUAUCACUGAAGCAACAAUGGCAACAUUCCACCAGAUGGAUACUAUGAAGUUUACAUGCAUUACAUCUGUUAGUAUUCCAUUACCCCUGCCAUCAUUCAGCACGUGCUCUUGGAAAAGACACAUGAGCAAUUGAAGAUUUGAUGUAACCAAUAUGGAUCUCUGGCUAUUUGCUGAUAUAAUGAAACAAUUACUAGAAUGUAACACAUAUUAACACUUUUUUGUUCAUGUUCAUAUUCCAGAGAAUAUGAGAAUACAGUGAGGGGGAAUUGUAUAACAAUUCAUGUUCAAAUGACAUUUUCAAUUAAAUCAUAUAAUUAGAUUUGUAUCUUCAUCCAAUCCUGUUGUCCUCAAUUAGUGUGAUUAGAUUGAAUGCUGAGUGUGAAGUAUUGUGCAGAUGAAAAGCAUAUGUAUUUCUGCAUUCCCUGAGGGUGGGUCACAGAGGCAAGGAAAAAUUCUACUGGACAAAUUGGGCCAUAAUGUGGAAAGGAGAAAGACUUGGACUAAAUAGAAUAGCAUAAUGGUCACAGAUUCAAUUUAAUAAAACUGAAUUAAAAAAAUUAUUAUCUUACCAGUAAUAACAAUAACAAAAAUGUUGAUACUGCUACUAUUAAUACUACUACUACCAUUAUUAUUAUUAUUAUUAUUAUUAUUAUUAUUAUUGUGUUGCAGUUCAAAUUGUCAUUGUUCAAAGAUGAAAAAGAUAUCUAUAAUUAAAAUUUGUAGAUACAAAGUACGUAAUACUAAAACUUGUGGACAGAUAUUUCUGAACAACUCGAGCAUGUAUUAUAAUAUCAAAUCCCUUGACACAGAUAUUUUAAGAUGAAAAUUAAAAUUAUUUUGAACA